AUGGAGGAACACGAAGACAACCUGGAGGGAUUUGUUGUCCCCCACAGAUAUGUGGAUGCAUUGCUACUCGAGCAGUUCGAAAUAGCAAGGGCGAGUGGUCUCACCCCUGCUGCCGCCAACACUGAUGAGGCCAACAUGGGCUUGAUUCUGGAUCAAGCUCAGAUCUCUGCGUGGGCAAAAUUGAACACCGAUCGAUACAAGAAGGAGGGUGUUACCCAAGCCAGAGCUCAGAACCAAUACAAGCCCCUGACAAACCCGUACGAAAUUCGAGUUCUGGAGCUAGAGCCGGGGUCCCCCAAAGACGGCCUAAAAUGCAAGCUGCACCAUUGUACCAUCGAGUUUGAACACAAGGGCAAGCCUUAUUCGCAGUUCGCCCUGUCCACCGAUGAUCUAACCAAACCUAUAUGGUAUACGGCCCUGAGCUACAGAUGGGGUGAUCCCCAGCCCGUCAGACACAUUAUCGUGGAUGGAUAUGAAAUGGAAAUCACCGUGCCUCUUUUUGAGGCCUUGAAUCAUUUUCGGAAACCAGAUCACUCGGUCGUGAUGUGGAUCGACCAGAUUUGCAUAAACCAGGUCGACAAGGACGAAAAGAGCCGCCAGAUUCCACUCAUGGGCCGAGUCUAUCGACAUGCUAUUAACACUCUGGUGUGGCUGGGAACUUCAGACUCAGUCACUGGCCAGGUUUUCAGUCUGUUGAACCAUGCUGCAACGGAGCUGAUACUUGACUUCUCUCAACUUCAGAUCCCCAAUGGUCUGCAGCAGAGGGGCUUUCCUCCCGCGAAUGAUAAAAUCUGGAACGACCUUUGGGACCUUCUAGAUAGGCCAUGGUUCUCCAGGCUUUGGAUCAUCCAAGAAGUAGUACUUUCCAGGAACGCUUGGGUGGUUUGUGGGGAUCACUUGAUGUCUUGGUCUAUGCUCGAGACGGCCUGCGAAAACCUGCAAGCUGCAGGAAUCUCGCAGUGGUUACAAGAGAUGGUUUCCAAGGGAGGAUCCACAGACCAUUGCCAAAGGGUCGUGAAGCUAGGUACGUUUGGCCAAGAGCAGAGUUUGAAUCUGUUGAACAGGGCACGCGAAAGCAACUGUUGGGACCAGCGCGACAAGAUAUAUGGACUUCUCGGCAUCAUAAGGGCUUCAUGGGUGCGAGUCGACUACAACAGGACUUACACGGUUGGGAGGCUAUAUCGCGACGUCGCUGCAGAAGCACUGCAGAGACACGAGCUUAUGCUUGCGUCUGCUUUGCAAUCUGUUGAUCAUGACUACAAUGAGACUUUGACGCCGGUUAAAGACUGCGAGCAUUUCGAAAGAGGUAGUUUACCCUCAUGGGUCGCCGACUGGAGCCAACCUAGACAAACAGCAUCUCUGUCAGAUCGGACAGGAGUCUAUGGAAACCCGACAGCCAUUGGGAGCAACUAUGCUCUCCAGAGACAAAUAUCCAUCCAUGAAGAUAAGCUUCACGUCAAGGGAAGAAUCUUUGAUACUGUGAUGGAAAUGACCGAAGUGAUGCGCAAGCCAGAUAUCAGUUACCAUGACCCUCGAACCUCGAACAAAGAAGUUCUAGUUGGGUGCGUUGAGAUAGCGUCAAAAAGCAAAUCAUAUCCCGGGAGCACCUCUGUGGGUGUCUUCGAGGCGUUCUGGCGAACGCUCGUCGUAGACAAGGACGCAGACAACCGGCAGCGUGCACCAUCUUCCUUUGAAGAGAUAUUCAGCCUCAUUCUAGACGAGUCUACUGGUCAACACCCGUCACUGCCGGGACAGACGUAUUCGAAAAGGCAGCUUCAACCGCCAGGCAAGGGCAGACUGGAGCUUUCCAACCUGUCAAACAGACGCCCCGGGGCCACGUUUCACGAGCUCAGGGCAUCACUGCGGCGAGCUCUCAGGAAUCGACGUUUCGUCGUCACGAGGAAGGGUUACUUUGGGCUGGUGCCACAUUGGACGAAGCCCGGGGACGAGGUAUGCAUGCUCAACGGAUGUGAUGUGCCUUAUAUAAUUCGUCGGGUAGGAUAUGAGGGCGGUGGCCAGGGAAUGGCAGCUUCAUAUCGCUUUCACUUUUUGGGAGAAUCUUAUAUUCAUGGCAUGAUGAACGAGGAGGCCUUGGCCAUGAAAGAGCUGGAGUCGGAGGAGCUGGUUUUCAUCUGA